AUAUAUCCAAAACAUGUCAGCAUAAUUAAUUUUGCUCAGAUCUCUCUCUCUCUCUCUGCUUCGUUUUCAAUUCCAAUGGCGUCCUGUAUUGCAGCUGCUGCUCUUUCUCUCUCUGGUGGCUCUCAAUCUCAUUAUGUGAAAGCUAAUGGAUUGUCUACAACAAAGCUCAAUUCUAUUUGUAAAACAUCUGCUUUGCCUAUUCACAAGAAAUCAAACCGGACUCGCAAGUUUUCUGUUUCUGCAGGGUAUCGGCGAGAUGGGAGUAGGAGCGAAAGCAGUGGUGAUUUCAUAGCUGGUUUUCUUCUAGGAGGUGCUGUCUUUGGCGCUGUUGCUUAUAUCUUUGCUCCACAGAUCCGCAGAUCGGUUCUGAAUGAAGAAGAUGAGUAUGGUUUCAAGAAGCCGCAACAACCAACUUACUACGAUGAAGGUUUAGAGAAAACAAGAGAGACACUGAAUGAGAAAAUAGGACAACUUAAUUCAGCGAUUGACAAUGUUUCUUCGCGUUUAAGAGGUCGAGAAAAGAACACUUCUUCCCCAAAUGUGCCGGUCGAAACUGACCCAGAGGUUGAAGCUACGACUUGAAGAAAGAAACAAACAGCUUUCUUCUUCUUCUUCUUCUUCUUCUUCUUCUCUGUGUUUCAUUUGUAACUAGAGUUUUAAAAGAAAACAUUCAUUACUCAAGGGUUUGAUUUGGUUCUUUUCUUUUUGUUGCUUUUGUGUUCAGUAGAACUCUUGCAAAAGGCUUUUUUUUUUUAAGUGACAGUAAUAUACUCCUAAGAUUUUGUAACGUAAAUUUAUUUUUUA